GCCCUCCUCCCUGCGUCAGGCUGGCAGCAGUUGGAGUCAAACCGUUGCAUCCUUCAGACUGAGUUCUCUGCUGCUGCUGCUGCUGCCUGCAGGAUGACGCCUCUCUCCCCCCGUCUGCUCAUUCUGCUCUGUCUGGCUCUUCCUCUGCACGGCCAGGAGAAGGGAAGAAGCAGGGGAUACCGAAAAGAUCCGGACGCUGACAAGUUUGGCAGCUGUCUGCAGGGUCCAGCAGGCACCCCUGGCAGAGAUGGGAACCCUGGAGCCAACGGCAUUCCAGGGACCCCCGGCAUCCCAGGUCGAGACGGGCUCAAAGGGGAAAAAGGAGAGUGUGUGAGUGAAGUGUUCGAGGAGCCCUGGAAACCCAACUACAAACAAUGUGCCUGGAACUCUCUGAAUUAUGGGAUCGACUUGGGGAAAAUAGCUGACUGUACGUUCACGAAGCUGCGUUCAGAGAGUGCCCUCAGAGUGCUGUUCACUGGCUCCUUGAGACUCAAGUGCAAGGAGGCCUGCUGUCAGAGGUGGUAUUUCACCUUUGAUGGAGCGGAGUGCACGGGACCCCUGCCAGUGGAGUCCAUCAUUUACUUAAACCAGGGAAGCCCUGAGCUCAACUCAACCAUCAACAUCCACAGAACGUCCUCAGUUGAGGGACUGUGUGAGGGCAUCAAAGCAGGACUGGUGGAUGUGGCGCUGUGGGUGGGGACCUGCGCCGACUAUCCCAGGGGCGACGCGUCUACUGGGUGGAAUUCUGUGUCCAGGAUUAUCAUCGAAGAACUGCCUAAAUAAAGGAGAUGAAAGGGAUGCUCUCGCCUUUGUAGUGUAAGAGUAUGUUAUCUGGCUGUCCAAAAGCAUCAGGUAUGCUGUGCCGAUGCUAACUCCAACCUUUCCGUUUUAAAGCUGCACAGCCUGACAGGCCUGUUUGCAAAACGCUGUCACUGUGUCUGCUAGACAGGAACUUGUCUGGUCUAUACUGCACCUUUCAGCAACGUCGACCAUGUUUUAACUAUAAACUCAGUGAUGCGUUUCCAUGCAUCAUCACUCAUAACAAAGUUCUCUUUUGUAAAAUACUUUAACUCAUCAUUUUGCAAUAAAGAAUACAUACCAUCAAUUUCUUCAAAAUAGGUCAAAAACCUUGUUUUUUUAUUGUUUUCACAGAAAUCAUCAAGAUUAAAACAAAUGUUUGAAAGAAAUGUUUUUGGAACCAACUGUCCCAUUUUAUGACAAGAUGUGGGAGACGUAUGAAGCAGCAGCUGCAAACCUGAGAAGGUUGAAAUAUUUUACUGUUUUCUUUCUGCAGGGAAACAAUGUAAACAUUACUUCUGGGUGCUGAAAUAAACCUUCAUUGUAGUAAAUGUUCACACCCCUCUGAGCCACACUUCCAAGGUCACUUUGACAGGAACUUCUUCUCCAAAAAGAAACAAAUCCUUCGUGUGAUUCUGAGGCUGAUUCUGCUCUUAUUUCACAAUAAAACCAGAAUUUACACAAAAGAAGAAAAGAAAAACAAAACCCAA